CCUCACGGGUAGACGUGCGGAGAAAAGGGUAAGGUAGGGGAGAGAAGAGAAAAGAAAAGAGGGAUAAAAGAAGGGUGAAAAGGGCAGUCGCACAGGGGCUCGCACACCAAUGCGCAGAGAGGGUAUAUGAGUCGCAGUGGGCUUUGGCUCCGACAGUUGAUGCACCCGCAAUAAAUGCACCAUGUACGCCCACCGGCUCGAGCCACCAUCACAUACCGCGCGCUAGGCGCACUGCCAGCAACAGGAUCCGCAUGCUCCUCAGGAGGAAAGAGGCGAGAUGGAGCGUUCACAGGAGUAGACUCCUCGGAGGAGAACUUUGUUCUCUCGAUGCCGACCCGGUGAGAUGCGCUGGGAGACAGAGGCACCAUCACGCGUAUGCAGGUGAUGCUUGCAUCUCAUUGUGAUGCCCCUUAAUGCUGAAGCUUGAGCUUGCAACUCAGAGCACAACUACAUCAAUGAAUAAGUGACAGAGCUUGUCACUGCUGAGCGUAGCCUGCGAGGAGAGAAGU